CAUACCUUUUCCGAUUUCAGAUCCAACCUUUUUUUUCUUCUUCUUUAACCAUCUAUCCAUGGAUUCUGAGGGAGUGUUAAUAUCGGUCAUCCACGAGCAUCUAUACUAUUCUCGUAAGAGCUUAUUCGUUCAUUUACACUGUUUUAAGUACCCACCACCAGAGGUUAUUGACAUUUCCAAGACGCAUCACCACAAGCUCACCCUUCUCAAGAAGCGGGUCAAGGACUUCGAAUGUGCUGCUAAAUGUGGGAAGAUUACUGGUUAUGAGUUUCCAUACAUAUGUCAUGAAUGUGAUUUAGCCUUCCAUGUAGAUUGCGUGUGGCAUACGUCAGAAGUAAAACACCCUUUAGAGGUAAACCACUCUUACCACCCUUGGCACCCUCUUAAGCUCCACACAGGUCCAUUACCAGACUAUUCUGACGGAAAAUGUCGUCUUUGCUCAAGAGAGAUUGAUGUUGACUUGUUUUAUCAUUGUUCUUCGUGUAAUUUCACCUUGGAUAUGUGUUGUGUUUUAAAUCCACCACAACUAUCUCUUCUGAAUUUGAAAGCUCAUGACCACCAACUCACCCUUCUCCCAAGACUCCGUUCUUUUACAUGUAACGCUUGCGGUUUGACUGGCGAUCGAAGCCCUUACAUCUGUGUUCAAUGUGACUUCAUGAUCCAUCAGGACUGUCUUGACCUUCCACGCGUCAUAAACAUUAAUCGGCAUGAUCACCGCAUUUCUAGAACCCCUGUUCUUGGUGUUGUGAAUUCUGUAUGUGGAGUUUGUCGCCAAGAGGUGGAUUGGACUUGUGGAGGUUUUUCUUGUCAUAGGUGUCCCGACUAUGUCGUUCAUUCGAAAUGUGCUACUAGGUAUGAUGUGUGGAAUGGGAAAGAACUUGAAGGAGUUCCUGAAGAAACAGAAGAUAUAGAGCCAUUUGUGGUAAUAGACAACACAAUACAACAUUUCAGCCACAAAGAGCAUUACCUAAGACUCCACGUUAAUGGUGUUAUAUGUGACGACAACAAGCGGUGCAGGGCAUGCACCCAUCCCAUCUGUCUCGAAUCCUUCUACAGUUGUAUGGAUUGUGACUUUAUUUUCCACCAAAACUGCGCUGGAUUUCCUCGAAUGAAACGACAUGUGCUACACAAUGAGCGUCUUACUCUAAUUACAAACAAGUCUGAUUAUUUUCGGUGUCAUGCUUGCGAUAGAUGGUCCAAUGGUUUCAGAUACUAUAAUUGGCUCAAGACACUCGAUGUUCGGUGCGCUUCAAUUUCUGAGCCAUUUUUCCAUCCAAGUCAUUUUGGUUCUGCCUUAUAUUACACUUCAGCAAAUGAAGAACUUUGUUGCAAUGGCUGCAAAGAGAAGAGUUAUCAUGUGCUCAGGUGCAUUGAAUUGAAUUGUGGAUUUGCUAUAUGCUUCAAUUGCGCCACUAUGCCACAAGUGGUAAAGCAUAGAACUGAGGAUCAUCCUCUCUCACUAUGCUAUGGUGAAAAGGCUAGUGGCAAAUACUGGUGUGACAUUUGUGAAGAAGAAACCAAUCCAGAGACUUGGUUCUACACAUGUAAAGACCAACAAGCUAGUUUACAUACAAAUUGUGUGCUUGGAGACUUUUCAGGGCUCAUGCCAAAAACCACGAUUGAAUAUGAGCAAAAAUAUUUUGAGGUGGUGCUCAAUAAUGGUAUAACUCGUCCAAUUUGCAGGUGGUGUAACUUGCAUUGCAUUUUUCCUAUCAUCGUGAAGAAACAUGCAACCUAUGAUAAAUACUAUUGCUCUAUGUUUUGCAUGACUCAUCCUAUCUAUCUAAAGCACGAUUUCUAGCGAGUGGGGUU